GCAGCCGGUGAUGCGCUCGUUGACGCGCCGUGAUUUCACUCCGGAGCUGGAGGAGGAUCCGCCGCUCCACCGACUCCUCUGCUUCUCUCAGCGGGCGUCAGGCAGCACAAAGCCGGAGGGAUGGAGCCAGCGGGCGCGUACGGCGCCGGGAAGGCCGGGGGCGUCAGCUUCGAUCCGGUCGCCUUCUUCACGCAUCCCCGCACCGUCCUCAGACUGCUGUCGUGGGUUUUCUCCAUGGUGGUGUUCAGCUGCAUCGUGAACGAGGGCUACAUCAACAUUGGCAGUGAGCGUUUGCUGUGUGUCUUCAACAACAACGCCGACGCCUGUAACUACGGCGUCACUGUGGGUGUGGCCUGUUUCCUCGGCAGCAUCUUUUUCCUGAUCCUGGACAUUUACUUUCCCUCCAUGAGCAACGUGAAGGACAGAAGACGUGCUGUCCUGCUGGACCUUAUCUUCUCUGGUCUCGCCAGCUUCCUGUGGUUCGUCGGCUUCUGCUUUCUGGCCAAUCAGUGGCAGAUGACCUCUCCCGAUGAGCUGCCGUUGGCUCAAGGCUCCGAUGCCGCCAGAGCCACCAUCGCCUUCUGCUUCUUCUCCAUCCUCACCUGGGCUGUGCUGACACUGAGUGCGCUGCGACGCUUCUUAACUGGCAGCAAUGCCAACCUGUUCACCUGGCAGCACCUGGACCAAGCCCCCAGCAACGCCCGAGCCACACCGUACCCCAUCGCCAACGGCGCCACCAUAGUGACCACCAACCCCUACCAGGCCCCGCCCUUCACUGAGACCCUGGACCCCCAGAAACUCACACAGCAGAGACCCAUGGCGCCGGCCUUCUAGAGACACACAUGAAGGGAAAAAGAAAAGACACUGCACACAAUGAGGGCACAGACACCUUCCUGCCUCACCGUUUGGUGGUUCUCCAUCCUCUCCUGGGAUUGGCUGGAUUCUUGGGGGGUGGGGGUGUCAUGUGAUGUAUGAUCUAUUUUCACCAUGGCAACUGCUGGCUCAGCUUAGUUAGUCUCUGUGUCAAGAAUACUGUCUUCUGUUCAUGCACUCAACACAGAUUUUGGCGCACGCAAACACUGCUGUCACACCUGGAAAUGGACACACACACACACACACACACACACACACACACACACACACACACACACACACACACACACACACACACCUCGACUGCAUGUUCAUAUGGUGAGGUGCAGAUUAACAUAGAUGUAGAUCAGUGACGACGCUCCAUCUGCCUUAUUAAGGGAUCUUUAGUGGAGGAAAUAUGGAGGACAGUGAGGCCGUGUAGCUCUGUCUGACCAAUCACAAGCUGCCCAGCAGACAUUUGGCCUCCCAUUGGCUGAAAAUUCAGACAGACAGUCGACGUGACCAAUAGGUUUGUUCGGGGGCAGAACUUGCAGAAAAUGCUGCAUUUUCUUGGCAAGGAAUUAAAGGCAGGACCGCUUAAUGCAUUCUGGAUGCUAUAGUGUUUCAGUGUGAAAUAUUCAUGUGAUUAAAUAUUUUAUUGUGAUAUGCUGAAGUGGUAUAGUUAAAAAAAAUAAAAUAAAAUCUAUCCACCACCACUA